AUGAGAAGUGCCAGUAGUUAUUUGCUUUCCUAUUUUUCUUCCCUUUUGACUUUGUUCCUUUACAAAUUCCUACUACUUUAUACUCCUGGAAAUACUGUAACAAGAAUAAGCCACUCCGUGUGCGAUACUUCCACAAUUGACUGUCGAUAAGUGUUCGUUAGUGUUUAUUAAUUGUGAUCGUUGUCAGACAGUUUCAUGCUGUGGUGCAGUGUUCUAGUGUGAUGCAUUUUCGAUUGGAAUAGAAACACCUAAGGAUCCUGAGAAUGAAGUGGAGACUUUCCCGUUCCACUUCGGUGGCAUCGCUACUGGUGAUCGUGUUCUUCAUUGGUCUGACUGAUGCUCUGCGUGGAUCGCCUUCUUCGGUUGAUCAACAAAGGCCAACGACGACCAGGAGGAGAGGUAGUGCCAGGUUUAACCAGGUAGCCGUCCCGGACGGCGCGAGCAGCUCGAAGGCCAUCAGUCCUGAUGCUUCGUCAACUCCCUCCUCGAGACACCCCUCAAGGCUGAAAUCUGGCCCUGGAUCGAAGAAGAGCCUAAGGUCGGAAGCCGGAUUAGAGGCGUCGGGUGCCAAGGGUACCACCAUCGCGAGGCGCCGCACAGGAACGAUUCAACAGAAUGGAUCGAGCACUGAGAGCAUUAGACCGGAAGAAAGCGUCCUUCAGAAUGUCGAAGUGAAAAAUACCGCGAGAAGAAACACUCCCAGCUCAAAUGAUGAAGGAGAAACGACGACGAGAAGGAACACCGGGGAUAGGAGAUAUCUGCCAGACAAAAGGUCCAGGGUGAAGAUGGGUAAAUUAUCUGAUACUAUUGAGCUGGAAGUACCGAAGGAAUCGGCUGGGCGAAGCCAAGGACCUGAGAGAAGGACUUCGCGUUCUAGGAUUGGGCUUAUGAACGGCGAUAGGAUCCUGGAUAAAACUGGCCCUUCAGUUUUCUCUGGAACCGCUGAGUAUUUCAGGUCGAGGACAGGCAGGAAAACACAGAAUCAAGCUCUGGCGGAGGAAAAGACGUUAGCUGAUUCUGGAAGGUCAAAAUCCAAUAAUGCGAACACCAAAUUGAAGGACCCGCAGAUGCGAACUAGGGGGAGAUCUGUAAGUAGGCCGAGCCCAAGAAAUUCCGACACCACUGUGACACCUGAGACCCUCACCAGCACCGAAAGCGUCCGAGUUGCCAUCCCCUUGAGCGUCGAUAGAACGAUCGUUCCGUCACCAAGCACUGUGGAUACCACGGUUUUUACCAGUACUACCGAGCUUUCAACACCAUCGUCAUUGCAUUCAAGAAGAGGUAGUGGCCGAUCUCGACAGAGUUCCACUACUAGAGAUAUUUUUGAGGCGACAACGCGCGCGUCGAGGCCCAUCACCAGAGGGGGGCGUACCAGGUUCGCUGAUUCUAGCGGGGCAUCAAAUGACGGUUCGAUCCGGGGUGUUACUUUCCGGUCCAGGAGUCGAUUGGAAUCAAAUUCUGAAAAUCCGCAGCGUUUGAUGGAGACACACGAUGAACGACCUAAGUUGAGAGGAGGACGGGGCAGGGGCAGAAAAUUCGAACAACCGGAAAAAACUGAUGAGUCCUUUGUAUCCCGAAAAUUUGACUCGAAACCUCUCACCUUCGGAAUUACAGAUCCCAGAGAACAAACAAGAAUUUUCGAUGCCGGAUCUAAGAGUUCGAUCAGCCAAAUGAACAAAGACGUGGAACGAUCGAGUUCACGUGUUGGCGAAGGAGCUUCAUACGGUAAUGAUCAGGUGCAAAACGAUAAAUCAAAGAUCGAGAUGCUUGCUUCAUUGCCGGAAAUAACGACACUCGAACCGCUAGCUGUAGGAAAACCUAUCGAGCUCGAGGCCACGGAACCGGUGGAGACGGCGACGGAAUCUGCAGCUACAACUACGGUGACGGCAGUCUUCGAAAAACUGAAGUCUACGACACAACCGCCUGAGGUAAAAUCAGAGGCUAAAAAUCCCCCAGCUAGAAUCCGAACGAAGCCAGAGACGAGGCAACUUCAGAAGGAAGAAGAACCUCAUGACAACCGCUCCUCAAGAAACAGAAAGCCGUCAAUCACAGCGGAAACUGAUAUGGGAAAUAAAUCCCAUACCGUUCCAAGAGGAAGAACUAGAACGGCUUUAGUUAAGAAAAACAACGCGCCGAGUCACAGACGAAGAGUUACCAAUGACGUCACAAGGGAAGAAUCGACGGCUGCGCCGGUUAGUACCAGCGAGACUCCUUCAGCAAAUAUUCAGGAGAAUAAUGAAGUGACGGAAACAGUCGGAAACACAGUUGACGGAACUGAAAAUAGCUUGAUAGUAUCAAGGAUACUGUCGACGACAAUUAUUCCAAAACGACGGGCCAUGAAGAAACUGAACAUUAAGCCGAAAGACGAAAAGGAGGAACUGAGUACAGCUUCGAGUAUAAGAACACACGAAACGUUGAACGAAGCAGGAAGGAGACGGGGAUCGGGAAAGCCCAAUCGAAAGUUAGAGGUCGGCGCUGGUGAGAAAGUAGUCAUAGAAUCAAUAGAGGAGGACAAUUAUCCACCAGAGUUCAAAGCUCGGUUAGCCGAAUUGAAAAAUUCCGAAUCCAAGAUACCCGCACCCCCGAAGUUCACACCCGGACUCAAACAGCAAAGCAAUAACUCAAAGAAACCAUUGCCGAUCUUGUUCUCGACGGCUGCGCAACUCAAACUAGAAAUGGCUAAGAAGCUGGUAAAUCCGACUGCAGAUUCUGGUGAAAACGUACUCGAAGUCGAACGGACCACUGUAUCUUCUUUUACAAGCGCUCGGCCAACGCGGAAAUCUGGGUUUGGAAAUCGCCGGAAAUCGCAAAGAAGUACUGAAUUAAAGACUGAGAAACCUCAGGAAAACAGAACAAAUAAAUUAUCUGAUGGGAGCGUAAAUUUUCAAAAAACUGAAAAAGCUAAUGAAUCGGUGCCUAUCAACGAUAAUUUAAAGACUCCAACCACCGGUGAUGGAUUUGAAAAAAAGAACGGAAUUUUGGAUGGUACCAGACGAAUGAAACAACGCCCUAGCUUUGCCAAACGCAGAAGUGUCCUAAACGAUGAGAACCACAGCACAGUCAAUGAUUUCAUCGCAGUCCCAUCGUCGAUCGGUCCUGAAAAAAAAAUCAUAUCAAAAUACAAUAGAGCAGGAAGAAUUUUGCGCAACGAAAGCAAGAAUGCAGUUAGCGUACUUCCUCCGAUGGAAAAAAAUUUGUCUACGACAAACAAGCAUUCAUCUGUCAAGACACUGAAUCAAAUUUCAACCGUGCUUCCACACGGCCCGGAGUCAGACCCUAUCACAACCUCGAAGCCCUUUGCUCGAUACACAAGGCGCAAGUCGGAAUCCAAGACCUUCCAGAAGAUCGAGCCGCUACCGACAACAUCUAAAGUAUCGGAGCCUUCGCUUCCUGUGAGGCGCGAGUUCCGCCCAAGGACUGCCACUUACCGCAGGCAUUCGGAACCCCCUUCACCCCCAGCGGAAUCCGCUAGCAUUGCGAUAACACCCAAAACCCCCAAGUUCCAUGCCACGUUCAAAUCUGACUCCACCUUGCCAAAAACAAACGCGAAUAAAACUUUCAACGUGCAGAUUGCUUCAAAUUCCAACCGUAACAACGAAUCGGCAUCCUUCUCGAACGCUGGGAUUGUUGGUAGUAGUAACGGGGAGACCGGGACCGAUAUCGGUUCAAGCAAUGUCUUCAGCCCAACGAGAGCUUUGUUAUUGAUGAACGGGAAUAAAACACUCCUCGAGCAGCUGAGGAGUACCGUGGCACCUCUUCUGUCAAGCCUGGGUAUUAAGUCUCCUAUUUUCGCUGGAGCUUAUAGGAAUACGACUACGAGUGGGAAUUCGGCCAUCCGAGUCACUCCCAGUGGGCAGCCUCCCAGGUUCAGCGCAAGAUACAAGGGAGCUGAAUUGUUCGUGAGACGUCCGAAUGCCUAUCAGCCAACAGUACCUACCAUUCUUAGUUCAACAACACCUUUAACACCACUCCAGGUAUCUGCAAUCCCAUCGCCAUUGGAUGUGUCGAAUCCUGGAGAACCGAAGAUUCUGACAUAUUAUCAAGCAUUGGAAACGGCCAACAUUAACAACGAACAACAACAAACUGACACAGAGCAACCCGCGAGGGUUAGCCAGGUAGACAACGAUAGAACUAACGCAAACGAUAACGUUACAGACCUUAACGAGACGAACAAUGCUAAUAUCAACAUUAACAGAACACCAAAUAUUGAUAGCCAAUUAACUGAAACAGUAACAAACAUUGGCACACCUGAAAAUACUUUAGCAACAGAACCGGUAACUACGUUAGAUCUGGUAACGACCACCCAACCAUUAAAUGCAACCACAAUUGCUAGUUUCGGUAUCUCUGAAACUACAACGAACACUGUACAGCCUGACCUCGUACUUGACAUGAAUCUCGAAUCCACCCCGAAUUCUCUUACUAUAGCUGAAUCUGCGACAGAAUCUGAUCAAGUAAGAACUAGCGCUACGGAGAGUGGGGCUACCAUGCAACCCUUUGACGUUCCUUCGACGACACCAUUUGACGACACAAACUCAAAUUCAAACUCCACACUGGUGCCUGACACUACCAUCACUUCCGAGCUUGAGACAACUUUUUCACCUCGAAAUUCUGGAGCCUUCGCGAACCUAUUAGACAUCACUACACUCUCAUCGGUUUUCACUUCAACUUCUGCGGAAAACUUAGAAACUACCACUGGUUCGCUGACAACCGAAGCCCAACCGAGCUCGUCCGACUCCCUACAAGAAAUGAUGCAAAUGAGUAUCGACUUUCCGCAAAUAUCGACCGUAUCUUCUGAAGUUCAGUCGACUCGAAUUUCCGAAACAACUCCCAUUUCUUUAUUGCAAGCGCAAAUGCAAGUGGACAAUGUUGUCCAGGAUCCUUCAACUGUAGCGCCUGUGUCAAUAACAGUCUCUUCAAGUUCUGAAUCUACACUGUCUUCCGAAUCGUUUCAAAUCAGUACGACUACCGAGAACCCCCAAACAAUGCCUUCCAUCUUGGCCCGACUCUCAGAUUCCGAAACCCCAGACGUAGCGACUGUAGCGUCAUCAACCCAAGAAUUGUCCACCCCACCCAGCCAGGAAAUAACGGCUCUCUUUGGAACCACUACAAUCGUGAGCCAGGUAAUAAAUGAAUCAAAUUCUGAUGCUGUCACACAAACCAGCCAAACAAUUAGUCAGGAGUUAGAGUUGGCAAAGCUUACAACUACACAGUCAGUUAGUCAAUCUGGCACUGCAAUGACAAUAGACACAACCACUACACAAAGUUUUGAAAGAUUAGUAGAACAAGAAACAGAGGCCGCCAAUGAAAACUCCUCAACCACUCCGUCGGACGGAUUAAUUAGUAGUAUCACGGUAAGUGAUCAAACUGGAACAGAUUUAGAAUUCACGACCGUCACAUCCACACAGUUAACCAGCCAAUAUGAAUCUACAACAGCAACACCAACAUCGAUAACAACAACAGAAAACAGUCAGAAUAUAGUUAGGCAAGAAACUAACACUCCUGGCGAAUUAAAUUCAUCUAAUGGUACAGCUGAGGUGGACGAUAUGCUUUUACGAUUUUUGCCAGAGUCAACGACGGCUAUACCAAAUGUUUUUGCUACCACUCCAGAGUCGCUUGAUCUUUCACUAUCUACAACACUACCAACAGCUUCCGAACCAGCAGCAACCACUAUGCAAUUUUCUCUCUCUACGACACCAAAUUCCGUUGAGAAUAGUUUUCAAUUGAUCUCAGAUGCAGUGGUCCCUGUGACCAUAGGGUCAUCUUUGGUUAGGAUCUCUGAAAAUUCUGAUACCGUGAUACCGACAGUAACCAUGACAGUUACGUUCGAUGAAGAGGUGACCACGAAAGGGUCACUGGAGACAACAACGGAAUUCAAUUCUGCUAGCACACUUCAAUUAUCAGAAAGUUUCUUAGAUAAUAACGUAGGCUCAGAAAUAGCUGCGCAGAAAAGCGUAACACAAACUAUACUGAAUGAUGUGUCAUUAGAACGAACGACUCCAUUCGAAUCACUGUCCGUUACGACAAUAGCAAUCCAAAAUGAUACACUCGUUGAAACGACAACAACACAAGAUCUUGCAUCAACAACAGGUAUACUUUUAAAUACCGAAACAAUGGUAGGUUUUGAAGUUGCCUCAGAAGCUCUGGAAACUCAAGAUAAUGGCACAACACAGCUAACCAUUAACCAAUCUACGGCAAACGAAAUCACCACCAACUCAUAUUCAGACACAAGUACUACAACAGAAUCCACCCCUAGCCUCCUAACCGAUACGCCAACUCUGCUUGCCCGUUUACAGGAUGUAACCGCAACUACAACUGCAACCGUAACCGCCCAAAGGACGGCUGGUGUCGACGUGCAAAUAACCACUCGACCGAACGAAUCAACCACCGGUCUUGAAACCACCUCGUCCUCCUCCAUCACCCAAUCACCCACCAUAUCCACAUCCCAGGCAUCAGACGACGCUUCGACGUCCGACCCAAACGUCUUCACCAUAACUACGAUCACGAAUUUACUCGAUGCUAGCAUACCAACAACAGUGUCCACCCAAACGAGUGUCGAUUUCACCACAACGACAGAAGAAAUUUCUGCAACGAGCACAACUCAAUCACCCAUAAUCGGCACAACUGCCAUUGUCGAAACCACUCUAGCAUCGACAACGACACCGACUACGACUACUACUAUGACUACGUCUACGCCUAUGUCUACAACGACAGAUGCAGUGCCUCAGACGACCUUUGGCAUUGACGAAAACUUGAUUUCGUUAGAUCCAGAAACUACCGCUUCAACUGUAAACGAAGCUACUACAGAAACUGUUUCUGCAGACGUGAUGCAAAGACUCAACGAGAUCGAUGAUUCAACGACAAUAUUCAAUGAGCAGAUGAUUUUGACGACGUCGAGCGUGGAGACUACAACUAAUUCCCCAGCCCCUACGACUUCUUCUCAAGUCGUACCAACGACCUUUGCUGACACGAUUGAGUCCUCGACAGUUCCACAAGUUACAUCGACAAAUAAGGCGAUCGGUGUUGAAUCCCCAAUAGUGCAGAACACUCCUGACCCCAGGUUGAGUUUGAUCGUAACAUCCCCUGCUCCGUUAGUCAUGGGGCGUUUCGGCGGAAAUAGAUUGACACCUGCCCCUCGGUUUAGUCCCAGCUCUUCUACUCGGGCCCCGUUGCGAGAUUAUUACGUCUACGGAAUCUAUCCGAACAAAACGAUCGUUCGAAAGCGACCUGAGGACAACGUAAUCGACGGAAGGAACGUCAACAGUCCAUACGUAAUAUUUGGGAUUUAUCCGAAUGGAAAAUUGGUACGAAAAUUUCCGAAUGGAACCGUUAUACCGGACCCUCCAAGGAACCCUGUCGAGGUCGUCUUCUCACUAAGUACUACUACCACAACUAACCGGCCCAGCCCUGUUUUCUAUAACCAGGCUAACCAAGGCUAUCAUAACCAGAUACCAGCAAUCUAUAAUAACCGACCUGUACCGAGUAUCUUCAACCAGAACGCGAAUUACUUUCCGGGCGUCAAUCUUGGACUUACCGGUAACACGAUUGCCGGAAACACUGGAGGAGUUUCCGGUUUAUCGAACGCUGGUAGCGCCACAAAGAAAAUGAGUGACAUUUUGUUAGAAACCCAAAUGGGAACUAACUCAAACACCGCAUCGGAAAUUUCGGAUUUACUAACUCCAUCCCCGAACGCCAAUACCGUUGGAUCAUCCUCGACGAUCCCUGGGGCCGCGACAAUCGUCACACCUCAAAACAUGAAUACAAAUUCGAAUUCGAAGGUGCAGAACGGUGGACGAAUUUGGCAAAAUACCGACUUCGAUGAGGCUAGUCGAACCAGGGUGGUCAAUGGUGAACGCAGUUCUGUGUACAUCGGACAGGACAAGUUUAUAAAUUAUUGGAGCGACAGCACGUCAAACACUAGCCCACGAGUUCAGAACAUCAGGAUAAAUUCGGUCGCCGGCUCCUCGAACCUUGGUCCUGCGUCCACAGUUGGCUCUUCAAUACCUUCGUUCGAUAUAUUACCGGGUAGUCAAUCCGUAAACCCAGUAACGGCUGGUCCAGGUUUUCCGUGGCUAGAUCCACUCGAUGAAAUACUCGGUGUAACAACUAAUUCCCCCGUUAUCACUGCUUCUGUAGCAACGAAUACGCUUCUGGAUAAUGCGAACAGCGCAACUAUACUGCCGAGGCCUAUAAAUCCCUUCGUUGAAGUUUUCACCCCUGGAUCGAGCUCCGUUGAUACAGCCGUAACUCGUUCAUCUGCAUCGUUGACGGAUGCUGCAGCGGUAGCAACAAUAACUACUGCAACUACCUCGGAACCAACGAGACAAACAACGACGACGACUACCCCAGCACCAACUACCUCAAGUACACCCACAUCUACUUUGGUAUCGACGACAACAACGACGACUACGAGGACGACAACGACAACACCAGUGUCGACAACUACAAGUACGACUUCAACUACUCCGGCACUAACGAUUCCAACGACUACUGCCAACCCAACUACCCCAUCAACGCCAGACAUAGCGACAUCUUUGAAUUCAGAAGGGCCUUCGCAACAAAGACUCAACAUCCCGAAGCAGACCGCAUUUGGUAAUACUUUCGACGACUUGGCUUUCCUUAACACUCUGAUACAGCCAGCUAUUGGCGACGAUACGUCUACAUCAAAGACUUUGACGCAGGCUGAGCGGUUUUUAACAAACAAGAUACUUUCUCUGGCUUUGGGAAACACGGGACCAACACGUUCACCAAAAGCGAUUCAAGCCUCAAACGCAUCACCGAAUUCGUUCGACCUAUCCAUCGGGUCGAAUUCUCGAUCGAGACCAAUAAUAAUCGACCUGCUCCCCUCGUCCACGACCCAGAAGCCAACGACGGUAAAACCCACUACUCAAUUCACGUGGAGACCGAUUCCCAUUGUCAGAACCACCUCGACUCCCGUCGUCCAGACCACCAGAAAGGAAGUAGCAGUCUCUGUUACCACCCCGAAAUCGGAGAAAAUUACUCAGAACUCCGCCUCAUAUUCAAAAGCAGCAUCACCUAUCCCUACCACACCCAAACCUAGUCCUAGAACCACCAACCCACCGGCAAAUCAAGGUUUCGGCUCGGGUCUGUUAACCGCCCUUUUCGGAAGCAAUCCUUUCGCGUCUCCUCCAACAGCCGUACCAACGGUACCGAAAAGACCGGCCACAACUACUUCGAAAUACGUCCAAACUUCGGAACCAACACCAACAACGCAGAAGCCGGUUCAAACCACGGUAUCGCUAAAGGGGUCAAAAUCGUCAGCAGGUACCGGAGACCCAAUGCACUCUGGAAGCUCGAACGUUCCAAUUUCAAUGCAGCAGCCAGUAAAAAACGGGAUUACAGUUUUACUGAACAACCCAAACCCACGGGUUCCAACGGUGUCGACAUCAACUUUCUCACCCGAAGAAGAUGCCAAGUUUUUGGCUGCAUUAUUGAAUUCGGCGCAAAGCGGCGGCUCUCCAUCCAGUAAACCCGGUCUGGGAAUCUCAAGCGACGACGAGGCCUUUUUAAGGGCGAUUUUGAGUGGCCAGGCGAGCGUAAAGCCGGCGUCUCCCAUUGCCGCUGGUGCCAGCAGUGGAAACGACGCGGCUCUUCUUGCUGCACUCCUUAAAUCUCAAAACAUCGGUCCCUUGACACCCGCUAAGGGUAUUCGGGCGCAGCUGGGGAGCACUACAUCGCGAAAACCCCCGACGACAACGACGAUUUGGUCACCCAGCUCGACCUACCCACCGUCCAUAUUUGAGUCCUUUGGGAGCUUCGGGAGCCAGCAAAGGCCGAAAGAUUCAACAGAAGCGACGCUGACCGGCGGUUCAGGUGACGGCAGUGUCAGAAAUCAGGUCGUUAAUGCAGCGAUCGGAGCCACCAGGGCAUUCAGUCGUUUUCUCGGAGCGGCAAUAACGGGCGCAGCGCAGCAGCUUCAAUCCUUUGUAAGAAACGGUACUAGAUACGUGUCCGAGGCGGUUGGAUAAUAUCGUGGGCACCAAAAGAGGUACUUCAGUUAGAGUAUUUAUUAUGAAUCCUUUUUGGAUCAUGAUCGGCGAACAUGUACAAUUCUACAGGCAUCUUAUGUUAUUUUUCCACAACCAGCACCCAUCGCCAAAACCAUCGGUCUCAAAAAUUACACAGUAACCAUUUAUUUUUAUCAGUAACAAAAUAUAAAUGGUUUUGCAAAAAGUGAAGACGGAAAAAAAUAUUGCAAAAUUAUGGCUAAUAAUAAUUAAUAAAAGCUCUGGUUACAAGCAGUUGCGCAUCGUUUCAGAAGCACGAUGAAUAUAGGUAGAAAAAUGACAAUCAGAAGCACCAUGACGUAAUUAUGAUUUUCCAUGACUGUAAAUUUGGCACGCCUCAUUGUAAGCGAGACUGCAGUAGCUGGUAAGAAAAGCAUAGAGUGGAAGAAAACUGAGACUGUAAAUUAUUAUACUUCAUGAUUUAGCCAUCAAAUCGAAUGUCUUAAUCUCCGAUUGAGAACGAUUGAUGGG